CAGGGGGCAGUGUUCACAUGAUAGCUGACCCUUAAAGAAGAAGAAGAGCAGCCUUCACCAUCUCCUCUGUGAUCCUAAGAAGCAUCGGUUUACCUCAGUUUACCUGAGCCUGUCAGAGAAACGGUCUGAAGAUGAGCACUGAGAAGUAUCCCCGUUCUUCGAUAGAAGAUGAUUUUAACUACGGGACUAACGUGGCCACAGCCAGCGUCCAGGUCCGGAUGGAUUUCCUGAGGAAGGUGUACGCCCUCCUGAGUCUGCAGAUCAUCCUGACCACAGCCACCUCUGCCCUCUUCAUGUUCUCUGACACCAUCAAAGAGUUCGUCCACAGCAGUCCUGCGGUGGUUUUGGGUUCCGCUCUGGGUUCUCUAGUUGUUCUUGUGAUUCUGGCAGUGUACAGACAUCAACACCCGGUCAACCUGUACCUGCUGCUGCUGUUUACUUUGCUGGAGGCGGUCUCUGUGGGCACAGCCCUGACGUUCUAUGAGUACUCCACGGUGCUGCAGGCUCUGUUCCUCACCUGUGCGGUGUUUGUUGGACUCACAGCAUUCACCUUUCAGUCCAAGAGAGACUUCAGUAAGAUGGGAGCAGGAUUGUUUGCUUGUCUCUGGAUCCUCAUCAUCGCUGGAUUCAUGAGGUUUUUCUUUGAGAGUGACAGCACUGAGCUGGUCCUCAGUGGGUUGGGAGCCCUGGUGUUCUGUGGGUUCAUCAUCUAUGACACCCACCUGCUGAUGAAGCAGCUCUCACCUGAGGAGCACGUGCUGGCCUCUAUCAACCUUUACCUGGACAUCGUCAACCUUUUCCUGCACAUCCUGAGAGUCCUGGACUCCCUGAAGAAGCACUAAGAGCGUCUGACAAAGAUACAGUAGAGAGUCUGUCAGGAGCUGAUGAAACUGGAGUUCAUCUGAAAUCACUUUAGAGAAAAAAGAAUCACAACAUUUACAAUAAUUUAUCUCACACACAAAGUUGUCUGUCUUAAACUAGAUCUAAAGAUGGCGUCUUUAGUUUACCCUGAAAUACAACUUUUAACAUCCAAUAUUCAGCCGAUCACUGAUUCUAAUCCACAAGAUGUAAACAACGCCCCCUGCUGGUCUGUGUGUGUGCUUGAUUCGUGUGAGUGUGAGUGUGUGCGCGCGCGCACGCACGCGUAGGCAGAUCUGGCUGUUAUUGACCUGUAUUGAUUUGAUGAAAGGAGCCUUAUCCUUCAGAUACUAUUGAAUGACCUGAUGAUUAAAUAUUGUUUAACUUUAAUGACCUGAUGAUUACAUAUUGUUUAACUGACCUGAUGAUUAUGUAUUGUUUAACUGACCGGAUGAUUAUAUAUUGUUGGACUGACCUGAUGAGAACAUACUUUGGGAUGUGGAUUAUUAUUAUUAUGUUUAUAGAUAUUUAACUAGAUAUUUGAAUGAAGGUAACGUGGUGGAGACUGUAAAUGUUAUGCUCCAGAGUCUCUGGGCUCAGUCAUUCCUCUGGUUGAUGUUCAGGGUUAUGUUGAAUGUUUUAAUCCUCAGUGUCUUACAGCUGUUGAUACAGAGGGGACACUGUGUGUACAUUAAUCUACAUGUCAUAGUGUAUCCUGUUGUACAUAUCGUAUGGUGUAAAUGUACAGACUCUGGAAUGGUGAAUGUUUUUAAGUGUCUGCAGAGUGAAAUAAAUCCUCAGUAAAGACUGUGACGGCUAUAUAGAG